AUGCUGUCACUCGGUUAUGACAGCUCAGAUUCGCAAUUGCCAAGUCCAUCUCACUGUGUACCUCAGCACGAUGCAGUCGCUUUCGUCCUGUCUCUGUUCAUCAUUCUCGGUCUCGUGGGCAGCUAUAUACCGCAGCACUAUCGGAUCAUCAGUACGGGCACAGGCGAGGGCAUCUCACCCUGGUUCCUACUGCUCGGCGCAACGUCGAGCGCUUCCAGCUUUCUCAAUGUCGUCGUGCUACAAUGGAGCGUCGUGAGAUGCUGCGAAUACUGGUCGCCGUCAAGCUGUUUUGAGAGCGUUCUCGGCAUAAUACAGGUCGGCCUUCAGUUCAUCAUGUUCAGUCUCAUAUUCGUUCUCUUUCUCAUCUACUUUCCCACGCGCACCAAGUGGGUUCGCGUCAUACCCGUCUCGCCUUCUGAAGAAGUCAAUGACCCGCUCGGAAGUUAUCUCGCGCAACACUCGCCGAAGAUACAGAGCGGUUGGACGACACGCCUGUCUGCGUUGUUCUGGCCUUCGACAGGCUUGCGCGUCCGACGCGAGUCGGCAAGUUCUGACGAGUCGGAUGGCUCAUCUUUCGAUCCACGCUCAGCAUUGCUACCAUCUGCGUCUCGAGGUGCCAUGUUGAGCUACUCGCCGGCGUACAGGCUGUCUGUCUUGCUGGGCGUCGUCACGCUAGUAUAUACCAUCAUCAGUGCCAUUGUCACCAUUCUGCUGCUGUCGACUUUGCCGAGAAGCUCAGACAUACCCGAGGAUACACCGCCAUCGAGUCCGCCAAACAGUGAACACGCCUCUGCUCGUCUGAUAAGGCACUGGGCGACCUUCCUGGGCGUCAUGGCCACCUUGCUUGCGCUGUGCCAGUAUCUGCCCCAGCUUUGGCAUACCGCUCGCACACGGCUCGUCGGCAGCCUGAGCAUACCGAUGAUGCUCAUACAGACACCUGGAAGCUUCAUCUUUGUCUAUUCACUCGCCGUUCGGCCGGGCGUCAACUGGACCUCCUGGGCGGUCUUUCUCAUCACCGGGGUACUGCAAGGAACACUCUUGGUCAUGUGCAUCUUUUGGAAGACAAGGCAGAAGAACCUCGGCAUAGACGACUAUGGCCGAGAUCUCGACAGUGCCGCAUCAGAGAGCGCACAAGAGAGGACGCGACUCCUGCAGCCUCCAACGAGGACGCACAGUCAUGCAAGCGGACCGUUGUGA